AUGUUCAGAAAAAGUGUAAUUUUUGGAAGAUAUUUCAACAGACGACAAAGAUUUUAUGAUGGAAGUAGUUCAGACGAUAAUAGUUAUUGUAAGUCAGAAUUUUUAGAACGGUUAUUCAGAGUUUGAAAGAUUUCCAGCUAGAAAUCAAGUAUAUGCUGGUUCAAUUGCUGUAGCUGCCUCAGCUCUUGGAUUUUUUGAGCUCAUUCGAAAAGCAAAAUUAGAGCAUACUGAGAGACGCAAAAUGGAUGUUUCUAAAUUACCACUUUUCAAACAAGAAGAUGUUAAAAAACAUGGAAAAGAUGCGGAGAGAAUUUGGGUUACUUACAAAGAUGUGGGCUAGAUUUCCCUACAAAACAGUCUCAUCACAAUUUUUUCAGGGUGUUUAUGAUGUGACUGAUUUUGUGGCAAUACAUCCUGGUGGUGACAAAAUUCUACUUGCUGCUGGAGCAUCCGUUGAUCCUUUUUGGGCGUUGUAUUCACAACAUAAAACUGCGGAAGUUUUAGAGAUUUUGGAAGGAUAUAGAAUUGGAAGAUUGGAUAUUAAAGAUGUUCCAGAGGUGGGUAUUUUGAAAAAUUUGGUGAAAAACUCUGCUUCCUUCUAAACCCAGAAUAUACAUUUACAACUGUAAAUUUAAUUGUUUCAGGCUGAACCGGAUGCAUUUUCAAAUGAUCCACCGCGUCAUCCAGCUCUCCUCGUUCGCAAUGCAAAACCGUUCAACGCUGAAACCCCGCCAUCUCUCAUCACUGACAAAUUUUAUACUCCCAAUGAAUUAUUCUUUGUUCGAAAUCAUUUACCAGUUCCUGACGUAUGUUUGUCCUGACGUAACUUCCUUAAGAAUUUUGAACAAAAACAAUUGUUUACAGAUUAAAACCAAUGAUCAUCGCUUGACGAUUGAGACUUUAAACGGAAAAAAGAUUGAUUUGAGUGUUGAUGAAUUGAAAAAGAAAUUCAAAUCCUACACAAUUGGUUCGGUCAUCCAAUGUGCUGGAAAUCGACGAGCUGAUAUGAAUCAAUAUAAAAAAGUGCAAGGUUUGAUGUGGGAAGGGACUGCCAUAAGUAAUGCCGAAUGGACUGGUGUUAGACUUCGCGAUGUUUUGACUGAAGCUGGAAUUGAUGUUUUUGAUGAUAAAAUCAAGCAUGUUCAUUUUGAAGGAGCUGAUAUUGAUCCAACAGGUUUGUCGUUUUUUAUUGUCAUCGGCGGUGACAUUUUUAAUAGGAAUCGGACCACAUUUUCAAAAUAUCUCUUGUCAAUUUUUUUCUGAUCUCUGAAAAAUUACGACUGAUCAUUCCCCACUGUGAUUUUGGGUCAAAACCUUGAUCUUUCCAUAUAAUGUUUCAUUUUCAGGGACCCCUUAUGGAGCAUCAAUUCCAAUGGAAAAAGCUCGAGGAGAUGAAGUUAUUAUUGCAUAUCUGAUGAAUGGUGUAGAAAUUCCAAGAGAUCACGGAGCCCCUCUUCGAGCAAUUGUUCCUGGAAAUGUUGGAGCGAGACAAGUGAAAUGGUUGAGAAAAAUUAUUGUCAGCGAAAAAGAAAGUGAUAGUCAUUGGCAACAAAAAGAUUAUCGAGCAUUUUCACCAGCUGUAAAUCUUGGUGAUGAGCUCAAAUGGGAUACGGUGCCAUCGAUUCAAGAAUAUCCGGUGCAGUGUGCAAUUUGCUCGCCGGCUCCCAAUACUAAAAUUGAUAGAGGUAGGAUUUUUCAAAAACAAAAAAAUCGGUAUUUAGAAAACCUGAUCUGUUCAGUUUUUGAAAAAAGUUCGGCUGAAAACAAAUCAUGGAGAAUUAUUCCCAUAUGUAAAAAAAAUAACAAGCAAAGAUUCUGCUUUCAGAUGACGGAUUUGUGGAAAUUUCGGGUUAUGCUUGGAGUGGCGGCGGACGUGGAAUUAUUCGAAUUGAAAUCAGCGCUGAUAAUGGUAAAACUUGGCAUAGUUGCGAGAUGGAACAAGAGAAAAAACAAGAUUUGGAGCACAUGUAUGCUUGGACACUUUUCAAAGCUGAAGUGAAAAUUCCACCAAAUGUCAAAGAAUUCAAUAUUAUUGCAAAAGCAGUUGAUAGAUCAUACAAUACUCAACCAGAAACUGCAUCAGGUAUUUGGAAUGUUCGUGGUUUGAUUCAUAAUGCAUGGCAUAGAGUACAUAUUAUAGUAAGUGAUUAG